UAGGGCUGUUUCGGUUUUUCACGUUACGCUUAUUGUUUUUGUAUUGUUCGUUAACAUCUUUAUUAAAGAUGUAUAAAGAUAACCACGCUGCAUUUUGGUCCUCCUCUCUUUCGACAGAACCGUAACACCAAACCUCUUUGCCAAUACUUUUCAGUUUUCCCCUCCCCACUUAGACCACUCCCAGACAGUAGGAGCACAAUUAUUGCUUGCGAAAUUAAAACAAUCACAGUAAAGUAAUUGUUACCCAGAAAUGAUUUGAUAUUGAGAUAAAAAAGGGCUGCAUUGGACCUUUAAAAAAAUAACUGACGCAUCUCUCUCUCUGGAGUCGCCCGCGCUACUCUCGGAUUGCCAGUGGAAACGCAUUAGCGGCUCUCUCCCUUGAUUAUAAGAAGCGGAGAGAGGGGGAGUGAGUAAGUGAAGAGAAGAGGGGAGUCGGAGCCGGAGUCGGAGCGCACUAUGGCCUCUAAAGAGACCACCGCUGCAGUUUUCAUUAACGUCAGCAGGGAAAUUACAGAGAGCAUCAGGAGGCUCACUGAUAAACAAUCCAUCAAAUUUGUGCGAGCUGUGAAGCAGGACACCAAGAACGGCAAAUCAGAGGACCGGAUACUGGUUCUGGCAACAUGGCGACUCUUUCUAUUUUCUGUCAAAGUCCCCUCCAAGAUGGAGGUUACUUUCAACUUCCUGGAGAUUCGGGCAAUGAACACUUAUCCAGAUCAUCAGGUUGUAAUAGACACAGACAAGUCAACCCACUCCUUGAGACUGCAGUCACAAGACCACCUUGAUCAUAUGAUGAGCCAUGUCAACUAUGCCCUCUCAAGAAUAUUCAACAACUCUAUGUAUGCUCCGGCCAUCUGUCGAACAGAGGGGGACGUCUCUGAUGGAGUCCAAAAGUUUUCACCAAACUCUGAAUCAUCUGUAGAGACUCAGAAAACUUGUGGCGGUUUCUCUGAGACCUACGCAGCUCUGUGUGACUAUAAUGGCAUCGGCUGUAAGGAGGAAGUGCAGUGGGAUGUGGACACCAUCUAUCACUCUCAAGACAACAGGGAGUUCAACCUGUUGGACUUCAGCCACCUGGACAGCAGGGACCUGGCGGUGAUGGUUGCUUCCAUGGCGUACAAUACUUGGUUCACCAAACUCUACUGCAAAGACAUGCGCAUUGGGUCAGAGGUGGUGGAGCAGGUCCUUCACACCGUCAGUAAGUCCAGCAGUCUGGAAGAACUCACUCUGGAGAAUGCUGGCCUCAAAUCAGAUUUCCCUCAGAAAAUGGCGACAGCUCUGUCUGAAAACCCUGCCUCUGUGAUCCACUCACUCAACCUGGCCCACAACCCCCUGGACAACCAAGGAGUGUCAAACCUCAUCCAACUGGUGUGUCGCCUCAACAAAGGCCUUCGUCUGCUCAACCUCUCCAAGACGUCCCUCUCCUCUAAGGGUGUGGUGUCUCUCUCCCAGGCCCUCUGCUCCAGUGAUGACUACACCAACUCUCUGCUUCACCUGGACCUGAGUAAGAACCCUGGGAUUCUGUCUGGGGAGGAUGCUACGAACAUGUACCUCUUCCUAGCCCAGACGAAUUGCCUGGUUCAUUUGGACCUCUCUGGGACUGACUGCGCUGUGGACUCGUUAUUUGGCGCUCUGCUGAGGGGAUGUUGUGCUGAUCUCUCUUACCUGAAUCUGUCCAAGAACUGCUUCUCUCACAGGAAAGUGAGGGAGACUCUUCCUGUCUUCAGGCAGUUCUUCAGCUCAGCCUUCAGUCUCACACACGUCAACCUGUCUUCUAUGAAGCUUCCUCUGGACACCCUGAGAGCUCUCUUCCUGGGCCUGUCUUGCAAUCCUCACAUCACUGAUUUACACUUGGACAUCAGCGGCUGUGAGCUGAGGUCUGCAGGUGCCGGGGUGCUCCAGGAGCUGUUUCCUAGAGUGGCCUGCAUCGGAACUUUGGACAUAUCAGACAACGGGUUGGAUGGCGACCUGCUGGGUGUCAUCCCAGCCUUCUCCAGACACCCCUCCCUCAAACACCUGCUGCUGGGCAAGAACUUCAACAUCAAGGGCAGGGUACUACAUGAAAUUCUGCAGAAACUAGUUCAGCUAGUACAAGAUGAAGAGUGUGCCCUGCAGUCCCUUUCUCUGGCUGACUCGCGCCUGCGCUCUCGGGGCACGGUGAUGGUGAAUGCUCUGGGAAGCAAUGCUUGCCUACGCAAGGUGGAUCUGAGUGGGAACAGCCUGGAGGAUGCGGGGGCUAAGAUGCUCAGCAAAGCCCUGCAAAUCAACACUACACUCAGGAGUGUGACGUGGGAUCGCAAUAACACCACGGCUACAGGAUUCCAAGAUGUGGCUCGGGGCCUGGAACAUAACUUCACCCUGCAGUACAUGCCUAUCCCCCUCAGUGAUGUCACACAGGCAUACCGAAGCGCACCUGAGAAGAUUGACCAAGCACUGACCAAGAUCCAGCAUGCUCUGCUGAGGAACAACCAGACCCAGAGGUUCUCUCAGAAACAGGCUCUGCGUCUACACCAGGGCCUGGUCACCAGCACUGCUGAACAGGUGAUGGAGCGGCUGUGUGUACGCGUACACCAGCAGGUGUGUGUUCUCCGAGGCUCAGAAGAAGGAAAGGAGCUGCAGGCUGCCAGACAGGUCCUGAAGGAGGCCAGAAACUCUCGUGCGCUAUACCCAUCUCUGUGUGAGCUGGUUCAUGUUCUCUCAGUGGAUGGGCCUGUCAGACAGAAACUGGACUUUCUGGCAGGAGAGCUGACCAAGGCUGCUGAUAAGGAACUACAGGUGAUAGUAGACUCCAUGGUGUCUCUGUGUCGGGAGUUGUGUCCCAUGUCCUCCUCUGCAGCAGAGAGACUCAACCCUCCGCUCUCAUCCAUCUCAGAACGCGUCUCUAUCCCUCGCUCCACCAUCCGCACCGCCCUGAUGGAGAGAGCAGCACAGGACAUCAACAGAGCCCUGGAGGAGGUAAAGCUGUCUGUGGUCUCCUAUCUGACCAACUCCAUAGUGGACCAGAUCCUUCAGGAACUCUACACCACUCACAAAGCCCUGCUUCGUCAGGUGUCCCAGGUGAAGCGUUGGGAUGAUGGAGGAACAGGCAGACACACCAUCAGAAUCACAGACACACUGGACUUCCCUGAUGAGGAAGGCCUGGGCAUGAACAUCGACACCAUUGCCAUCCAGAAGCGCAGCGCCAGAACCCGAAGGAUUCGGCCUGUGUCCACCAGACUGAGUCUGGGAGAUGAUCCCACCUCCUCUCCUCCACCCUCGGCCCUGUCUCACUCUGCCCCCCUGUCCCGCUCAGCAUCAUGGGAGUGUCUAUCCUCAUUGCCUACCCAUGGUGCACCACUGCACCACGUGACGCACGCCAGGCCGCGGCCCCCUCGAAGGCACAGCCGAGGACAAGUCCCUCUGGACACACACUGUUCAGAGAACGGAGGAGUCAACCUGCUGGAGGAUGGACUGCCUGAUUUCUACACCAAGAGAGUCCUGACUGACAGUCAGCUGUCAUCACUUCAUCAUGCUCAGUCCCUGAGGAGGAAGAAGAGACGCAGUGUGCUGUCAAUCUUCUCUGGGUUCCGCAAGAAUCGCAAUUCCACCAUCUCCAAUCAGGAAACGGAUGGCUCAGAGAAUGUGUACUCUAUGAUUCAGCACCCUAAGGAUCCUGGGAAGGUGGAGGCCAUGAUUGAGGUGGGGGCCAAUGGGAGGAUGAUGCCGUCCCCCAGGCCCAUCCAGAGCGUACCACUGCCUGGGAUGAGGGGGGCCAGCCCCAGCCCCCACUGUCUCACACAGAGACAGCCUUCAGACCUGGUCAGCAUGGUGUACAGUUGUAUCGGAGCAGAAGAUGAGGACUCCGACAGUAGCUUUGAGACCAGACCAGUGGACAGAGACACUGACAGAUCGACUACAUCAGACAUCCAGACAGAGACCCAUGCCAAUGGACAUGCAAUGUCCUCCGCUUCUCUGACAGACAGACAGCCUGACAGACAGCCUGACAGACAGACAGAUCCAGUCAGUCAGGACCUGCCAAUGCCCAGCACUCAGACAGACACACAGAAGGAGGUGGACAGAGGGACAAAGGGGACAGAGUCGUUGGAUAGGCAGGAGGGAGCCCCCUGUGGACAGAAAUCAGAACCCCCUUCUCAGAGCAGCAAGCCCAGUCUGGCCAGCAUGAGACAGAGACACCUGCAGGGGAGUUCCGAUAAAUCAACAGAUGGUGUAGGAUGGAUAGAUAGAGACGGGUUAGAAGAGGAGAAGAAUGAAAAGAAAGACAGAGGAGCAGAAGGACAGCGUCCUCCCAUUCCUGAAAAGCCUGGUAAAGAUAAGACUUCUCCAAAGACACCGUCUGCUGUCACUCCACCUGAGGAAACAGCCAAUGAGAGAACCCCGCCUCCUGUUCCAACUGCCUCUACCAAGCCCACUUUUGAUUUGUCUGGUCCUUCUGUCACUCAAGAUGGAGGAACUAAUGAGAUGAAAAGCCUGCCUCCUGUGCCACCUGCGUCUACCAAGCCGGUGGUAGACGCAGGUCUACCACCUGCUGGUUGUCAAGAUGAGGGAGGAACAAAUGGUUUUCCACUGAAGGCACAUCACAACAGGAAAGCAAACUCAUGUGACGCAGGCAUGGAACCGGACAGUCCCAACGAUCUGGAGAGGGGGUUCUCAGAUCGCGAAUCCCCUGUGAAAAAACCCAGACUCCCCCAGAACAGAAACAGAUCUCUGGACACUGGGUGUCCUGAAUGUCCCGAGCCCGGCACCGGCAACGGUGAGACGUCAUGACAACAAACGUCAGGAGGCAAAGACAAUGUUCAGGACAGCUGUCGGGAGAUGUGAAGAGAGCGUGAGACGUGAAGAGAGCGCGAGACAGAUAGAUAGAAAAGGGAAGUUAUGAACUUGGUCACCAUAGACCCAACUGUGGUUAUCCUCAUAUACAGUAGUAAUUUCUCUCAUAUUGGCUAAACAUGCAUGAUUUUUUCCCUUUCUCAUACUCAGUUGCACUUGCUUUCAUUCCUUUACAGAGGACACACACACACACAGGUGUCUGAGGGCCCUCUGGUAUUCUCAUGCUGGUAUUUCUUGCACUUCUUGUUGUACAAAAAUCUUUGAUCAUAUUUCUCAUUCUCCCUCGUCUUUCUUUCAUUGACAAUUUGUGACACUGCUACUGUAAGAAUGAGUUGGUAUUUAUUCUAAACCAGUAUUAUGUCAAUAUUGAAUAUAUGUUUUUUUUUUAACUGCACUAACCAUUGUUAUUACUAAGUCAUUACAUGGUAACAGGUAACUUCAUGUUUUUAUUUACAAUAAGGUUAUAAUGAAUAUGAUCGGAUGUUUUAAGGAUGUUUUUCCUAUGGUGUAUGAUAAGUGAAGAUUUAGACGAUGACAUGUAUUGUUUAUCAUUAUAUCUAUUAGUUGAUCAAUGGAACAUAAUUGCAGUUUGUUUAAAUCUGUUUUAAAUACAUUUUACAGGACUGAAAUUAGUAUAUUUUCAAAAAAUCCAUAUAUGAUUAAACAAUCAAUAAAAAAUGAUUUUACCAAAGGAACCAAACUGAUGAUGCACUCUCUCUUGGGGACAAAAAACACCCCAACCUGACUUCUGCAUCGGGAACUCUUCCAUAUUUUUUUGGUGUGUGAGAUCUGGCCCACUAGGAAAAUUGCAUCCAUGGGUUUUGGAGCAGUGCUAUGUAGUGCCAGCAGAGGUGGCCAAAUACUUUCAGCUGAGUGAUGAAACCAUUACUUGGAUGAAACAAGUUAGUCAGGCUGAGUUUAGACAAGUAGCCCAAUUCUGAUUAUUUAUUUUUUUUACACUAAUUGGUCUUUUGACCAAUCACAUCAGAUAUUUUUCAGAGCUGAUGUGAUUGGUCAAAAUACCAAUUAGUGAAAAAAUAACAGAAUUGGGCUGCCUGUGUUAAAGCAGCCGAACUGCCCUUCUACACUAGAGCCAUUGGGCAUCCAGCAUUGCAGCCAGACAUAAGCCGUUGAGGGAAUGCUUCCUUUGAAAUCAAUGAAAGCUGCUAUGCUGCCCGUGUUGCACUCGCGUCCAAGCUUAAGAAUCGCAGAGGUUCAAUUUGACUGCUGAUACUUAUGUUCAUUAUAUCUUGUGAAUUGUAAAUAAUGAGAAAUAAAGUUGAUUUUGGUUGCAAAUGGCCUCGAUUCGACA